UGGCGCUCAGCGAGAUCUCCGCACGAUCGAGCAGACUUACAUAGAGUACUGCGGGCGCUUCACUGUUCAACCGUUCACAGUCGUCUUCAGCUCUACCGGACCAACGCCUUCUCACAAUCACGGUCUCCCUCUGAUAUGUCCACGAACACAUCAAACAUCGUCUUCGAUGACAUCUUCACCAUCAACGCCAUCGACAAGGAGGGUAAAAAGUUUGACCGAGUGUCGCGGCUAUAUGCCCACUCCAAGAACUACGAUAUGGACUUCACAUUAGAUUACAACGUCGAAUUGUACCCACUACAGAAGGACGAGUCGUUCGCACUCGCACUCGCUUCUUCACUUGCGCGGGGACCGAAUACGUCUGGCGAGGAGGACGAGAAGGACCGCGAUGUGUGGAGACCAGACGGGAAGGGUAGGAGAGGGCUAGAAGAUGACUACGAGUAUGUCAUGUAUGGAAAGGUGUACAGGUUCGACGGCGGUUCGCAAGAGAUUGUGACUGUGUACGCGUCGUUCGGGGGUCUCUUGAUGUCCUUGACGGGUUCGUUCCGGCACCUAACAAGCAUCGUGCUCGGCGAUCCUAUAUACCUCCUUCUGCGCAAGUAGACUGUCCUGCUCUGUCGUCGCUAUCGCUAUGUGUUCCAGUAGGUUAUAUGAUAUGGUUGAUGUAUUGCACCCAUUUGCAUUCGA